AUAAAAGGAAGUGCAGAUUGCUGAGGUUACCGCGGUUGCUACGAUAUAUCCAAGAUGCCGUCGAUCAAACUUGCUAGUUCCGAUGGUGAGGUUUUUGAUAUAGAUGUGGCUAUUGCAAAACAAUCCGUUACCAUAAAAACUAUGUUGGAUGAUUUAGGGUUGGAGGAGCAAGGAGAUGAAGAGCCAGUUCCCCUCCCAAAUGUUAAUGCUGGAAUUCUACGUAAAGUUAUUCAGUGGUGUACUUAUCACAAAGACGAUCCACCACCCCAGGAAGAUGACGAAAACAAAGAACGUCGUACAGAUGAUAUUCCUAGUUGGGAUCAAGAGUUCCUUCGUGUCGACCAAGGAACACUGUUUGAGUUGAUGUUAGCAGCCAACUAUCUCGAUAUUAGGGGACUGUUGGAUGUAUGCUGUAAAACUGUAGCUAAUAUGAUCAAAGGAAAAACACCAGAAGAAAUACGUAAAACCUUCAAUAUUAAGUGUGAUUUCACGCCCCAGGAGGAAGAACAAGUUAAGAAAGAAAAUGAAUGGUGUGAAGAAAAAUAACCCAGAAGACUAAAUUUUUUUAUCUUAAAAUUUCACACUUGACUUUCACCACAGACACUUCUACGCAUAUCUUUCCUGGUAAAACAAACUGUAGUUACUUUAUCAUUGAAGUUUUGAUGUAUGUGUACAAGAAAUAACUUUCCUUUGUUUCUCCGCUGAAAUCCUUGUAAAUCACUAUUCGGAAAUUGUUCCUUUUUUUCUCAUCUUAAUAUCUGUUUUGUUUGUCCAUUAAGAUUUUUUUUGUCAUUCGUUCGAACGCGUGCUAUAUCAUUAUUCGUUUUAAAUAAAACCUUUUCCCCCUUAUAUCCUGUGAAUAAAUCCAACGUACAUAUAUACAUAAAAUGUAUAUUUAAAAUCGAAAAAGAAUUUGCCUAGUUAAAAAACAAGUGAAGUUUGUAGUUUUACA